AUGGAUGAUUUACAAUUAAAUAUUACGGCCACGAGUAAGAAACAUAAUAAACCAAACAGAAAACCACCUUUUGAAAAGAACACAAAUGAAUACAAAUUCAAGCCAAAACCAGAUUUUAGUGGUAAAAUUAUUGCAAGAAAGAGGCCUCAAAAUGUCAACCAAAAGAAUUUUCCACAAAAGAAUUCAGAACAUUCUGAACCACGAAAUAAAGUGCCUAAAUUAUCCAAUGGUAUUCCUACCAGACAAGAAGAUUUACAAGCAAGAUUGCGAGAUUUGAGCGAAAAUAAAGGCAAAUUCCAUGGUAAAAACUACCAAGAUGUCAUUGACGAUCUUCAGGUAAAACAGAAGCCAAGAAAUGGACCGUGGAUAUCAUCCUUAUUUAAAAAUAACCCCGAAGUCCCAAAAAUAGGACAAAAGGCUGUUAAACCUCUUUUUGAAAAAGUUUUUGCAGGCAGGACUUUUGCCGAUUUAAAUAUACAUCCACACAGUGUAGCAAAUUUAAAACAAAAUCUGAAUUUAAGUGAAAUGAUGACCGUACAACAAAAGUCAAUACCAAUAAUACUUGAAGGUCGAGAUGUUUUGAUCAGGUCCCAGACUGGUUCAGGGAAAACUUUAGCGUAUGCGCUACCAAUUAUAGAAGGAUUACAAGCAAUAAGACCAAAAAUUAAUCGGAAUGAUGGUCUAAAAGUUAUUGUUGUAGUUCCCACCCGGGAGUUAGCUGUGCAAACAUAUGAGCUAUUUGUAAAACUCACCAAGCCAUUUAUUUGGAUUGUGCCUGGAUUGCUUAGUGGGGGACAGAAGCGUAAAGCUGAGAAAGCAAGAUUGAGAAAAGGUUUGAGUAUAUUAGUGGGAACUCCGGGUAGAAUAAAUGACCACUUGAGGCAUACGCACUCUUUGAAUUUUGCUAAAACUGGGUGCCUUGUAUUAGACGAAGCUGAUAGAUUACUAGAUAUGGGUUAUGAAAAGGAUGUAGCUGCAAUUGUCAAAGCUAUUGAAGACCACAAAAAAGCUGCAACUUAUGAUCCAAUUGCUCUUGUAAAACAAACAAUUACGAAAAAGCCAGUCGACAAUGAUGAUCAGCCAAAUGUACAAAAUGAGGAACAAAAACCAGUAGAGCAUAAUAUUGAACAUCCAUUAACAAAAAUAUUUUUAUCUAAAGGAAGGCAGACUAUUCUCUUGUCUGCUACUCUUACUAAGGCGGUUGAAAAUUUAGCAGGAAUAACUAUGCAGGAUCCUGUAUUUAUAGAUACUGCUGAUGGCAAAGCACUUAUCGCAGAUUCUAUAAAAGAAAAUAAUAAAAAUAUAGAUGUGAAAACGAAUGAAGUAAAAUCUGAAGCUAUAAAACAUAAUAAUACAAGCGAAACUUUAAAGGAAAAAACGAAAAAUUCAAAUGUACUGUCUGUAAACAUUGAUAAUAUACAAGAAAGUCGAGGAGGUCUUAAAGCAUUCAAUGGUGCUAAACAUCCUGAAUUAUUUGGAGAUAGCCAAAGUAAAGUAGAAAUGAAUAAUACUAAAGUUGCACCAAUGAACGACGAAAGUGACAGUGAUUCGGAUUACGAAUAUUUUAAAGUCCAAAAAGAAUUAGAAGCCAAAGAGCCAAAAGUUGAAAAAGUUGAAGAGGAACAAAACGAAAAUGAAGAAUCUAUGCCAGCAAAUACUUUUGUAGAAGCGCUUAAAACAGCUAUCGUUGAAGAUGAACUAAUUUUACCAGCAACAGUUAAUCAGACAUUCUUAGUAGUGCCAAUGAAACUACGACUUGUAACAUUAUGCUCUCUCAUUGUCGAACAUUGUAUUUUAAAUAAAAAGGGCGGUAAAAUGAUUGUUUUUAUGGCAACUUUAGAAAUGGUAGACUACCUCUCCAUUUUAAUAGAGACUGUUUUGACUGGUAAAGAAGAGAAAAGUGAGGCUGAGAAGAAUAAUUCUAAGGGUAAAAGAAAAGAUGAUGGUGAUGACUCGGAUUCGGAAUUUGAAAUGGAUUAUGAAGCACCAGCGGAAGGUGGGAUUGUACCUCACGAUUUAGAUGUAUUCAGCUUACACGGUUCUAUGCCGCACGAGCAUCGUAUCGAAGUGUUUAAGCAAUUUCGUACUGCGAAGAGAGGACUGCUCAUCUGUACGGAUGUGGCUGCAAGAGGUAUUGAUAUACCACGCGUUGAUCUUGUACUACAGUUUUGUGCUCCGGCAUCAGCAACAGAUUACGUUCACAGGGUCGGAAGAACAGGUCGAGCGGCGCAAGUCGGCGCUGCCGUGUUAUUCCUUCUGCCAAGCGAAGCUGAAUUUGUGAGGCAUCUAGAACAAAAGCGGAUAAGGUUGCGCCAGUCGGACGAGAUGAAGGCGUUGAGCUCGCUGCAGAGCGUCGUGCCCGCGGCGCCGAGCCCGCAGCGCGCCGCCGUGGCGCUGCAGGCGCGCCUCGAGCGCACCGCGCACAGCUCGCGCGCCUGGCUCGCGCGCGCCAGCAGAGCGUAUACAUCGUGGGUGCGUUUCUACUCGGGCUACCCUCGCGACGUCCGCAUGUGGCUGGACGCGCGGCAGCUGCAUCUUGGACACGCGGCUAAAGCCUUCGCCCUCAGGGAGACACCGGCAGCCCUAGCGAGGCGAGCCAAGGCCGACCCUGGAGCACGGAAGGACAAGCCUAGCAACCGCUUGACAGUGCAAAAUGAGGAGGAGAAGAAGCGACCUGGUUUCCCGAAAAUGAAAGUUGGCAUGUUCGGCAAUAGAUCAGUAGUGAACAAACAAAGUUCCAUGCACACCGCCAGUGAGUUUGACAGCGGUCUGCCACCAGUCGACACAUAUAUGCAUAAAAAGAAAAAGAUCAAAUAACGUUUCGUUUACUUUCAUGUAAUAAAACUACAAUUAAUUGUAAAUAAAGUUUAUUUUACAUAAAUCAAAAA